GUUGGCCUCAGGGGUGUCCUCAGUUGUAUCCAUGACUGACUCCAAGAUCUUAGAAAUGGAGAACAAUUUUCCCCGCACGACUGACUUGUGAGAUGAUUGAUGACUAAAUGACUCUUCGUGCUCGUAUAAAGUUCGUUCUCCAAGGGCCACUGACUUUAUCUAAUACCACCGUCACUGCUUCUCCAUACUGACUCACCGAUCAUAUUCCCUCAUCCUUAGAUAAAUCUGAAGGGAAAUCCGGUUGAUCUCUUUCAAAUUCUUUUCAAGCCUGUCAGAAAUUCCGAAGACCCCACCCCUACCAUAUAUCUCUUGUCUUACAAAUCCGAAAGCCUCUUACAGCCACUGUCAUAAUGAAAGUCCUUCUCACCGGAGGCAGUGGUUUUAUUGCAACACACUGCCUCGACGCAUUGUUGAAGCAUGGCCAUGAAGUGGUCAUCACCGUCCGAUCAGCAGAGAAAGGACAGGCUUUGGUAGAUCUGUUCAAAGGACAGAAAGUCUCCUACACGAUUGUCAAAGACAUCAGCGUUCCCGGGGCAUUCGACCAGGCAGUCAUUUCAGAUCCACCGUUCGACGCUGUGGUCCACACCGCCAGUCCAUUCCACUAUGACGUCCAGGACAACAAGCGGGACCUGCUCGACCCCGCCAUCAUCGGAACGACGGGCAUUCUCGAGUCAAUCCAAAAAGGAGCUCCUUCGGUGAAGAAAGUGGUGGUGACUUCGUCGUUUGCUGCCAUUUCUAACCCCACCGCACCUCCAAAAGUCUACGAUGAGACAGUAUGGAAUCAAAUGACCAUGGAAGAAGCUUUGACUACCAAAGAUCCGCAAGCCGUAUAUCGUGGAAGUAAGACGUUUGCCGAGAAGGCGGCAUGGGAGUUUGUGGAGCGUGAAAAGCCGAAUUUCACCUUGACGGUGCUUAAUCCUCCGGUAAGCCAUUUCCUUUUUUCGAGGCACAAAGAUGUUGCAGUGACUUUUUUCUCUGACUCGUUUCAACACUGCAGAUGGUCUACGGCCCGGUCCUGCACCCCGUGGCAUCAUUGGACGAUCUCAACACCUCGAGCAAGCGAAUCCUGAACUUGGCACUGGGAAAGCCGCGCCACGGUCCUGUAGGGUCGCCAAUGUACAUUGACGUGCGAGAUCUAGCUGAAGCUCACGUGUUGGCCAUUACGGUACCUGAAGCAGCAGGUCAUCGAUUCUUCAUGACGGCCGGUCACGCCACAGAAGCAAAGAUGGGCGAUAUCAUCCGUCGCAACUUCCCAGAGUAUGCUUCGAAGCUUCUGCCGGACCUACAAGACAAUAUCCCAUCUUACGAUAUCGACAACUCCAAGUCCAUCAAUGUAUUGAAGAUCAAAUACCGGGAUCUAGAGGGCACAAUUGUCGAUACAGUCAAAUCACUGAAGGCCUUGGGCGCAUGAUGUGCGAGAAAACCCUGAGUGCGUUCACGGAACGUGGUAUGAAGGGACUAGGAUAUGACCAAGGUAUACAAAAUAUGAUAGAUUAAACAAGUCAUACGAUAUACUAAGAAGUCCACGGCCUAUUCAUCAAUGCAUCUCAGAAUA